AUGUGUGAUCUAACAGAGGAAAGCUGUUCAGCUCUUGCUUCAGUUCUCAGUUCAGACUCCAGCAGUCUGAAGGAUCUUGACCUGAGCAAUAAUAAUCUGCAAGAUUCAGGAGUGAAGUUGCUCUCUGAUGGACUAAAUGAAAAAUGUAAACUGAAGAAACUCAGAUUAUUGGGUCCUGCUGCAGAUGAAGCCUGUCAGUAUGUGACUGAAAUUGUGGGUAAAAACCCUUUACUCCUAAGAGAGCUGAAUCUGAGUGAACGUAAACUAGGAGACACACGAGUGAAUCAGAUCACUGCACUACUGCAAGAUAAACACUGCAAACUCAAUACACUGAUACUGAGUAAUGACAAUAUCACAGAAGAAGGUUGUGCUGCUCUGACUUCAGCAUUUGAUUCAAACCAUUCAAACCUGAUAGAGCUGGAUCUGAGUGGAAAUACACUAGGAAAAUCAGGAAUGAUGAAGAUAUGUUGUCUGUUGAAAAAUACAAAGAGCAGACUGAUGAAACUGAAACUCUCAGACUGCAGUAUAACAGAAGAAGGUUAUAAAGCUCAGGCUUCAGCUCUGAGAUCAAACCCUUCACACCUGAUAGAGCUGGAUCUAACAGGAAAUGAUCCUGGACAAUCAGGAGUGAAGGAGCUCAGUGAUUUUCUACAGGAACCAAACUGUCAACUCAAGACACUGAGGUUUUUGUGUCCUGAAGCAGAUGAAGCCUGUCGAUUUGUGACUGGAAUUGUGGGUAAAAACCUGUUACUUUUGAGUGAGCUGAAUCUGAGUGGACAUCAUCUAGGAGACACACGAGUGAGUCAGAUAUCUGCUCUACUGCAGGAUAAACACUGUCAACUCAGUACACUGAUACUGUGUGGUUGCAAGAUUACAGAGAAACAGUUACUCAUCCUGACUUCGGCUUUGAAAUCAAACCCAUCACACCUGAGAGAACUGAACCUUAGUGGUAAUAAGCUUAAAGACUCAGGAGCUAAAAACCUCAGUGAUCUAAUGAUGAACCCACAAUGCAAGCUGGAAAAACUGGAGCUGUGUGGAUGCAGAGUUACAGAGAAACAGUGUUUCAUUCUGACUUCAGCUCUGAAAUCAAACCCUUCACAUCUGAGAGAACUGGACCUCAGUGAGAACAAAAUAAAAAACACAGGAGUGAAGCAUUUAUGUGACAUACUGAAGGAUCCAGACUGUAAACUUGAGAGAUUGAGUCUGCAUGACUGUGGCAUUACAGAUAUUCAUACUUUAAUUCAGUCUUUGACAAACACAAAAGCACUGCAGUUUCUAAAAGAGCUUGAUCUGAGUUACAAUAAUAUUGGAGACUCAAAGCAGCAGCUCAUUGAUGUGCUACAAGGCUCAAACUGUAAACUACUAGAAAAAGAACACUGGCUCACAGCUAGUCUAAGCAACAUUAAUUUAAGCUGAACUCCAACAGGAUGGAACCAGCAAUCACCAUCAGCUGACAGAUCUACACAAGAGCUCUACUAUAGUGUUUAAAUCUAUGAGGAUAAAUUAAUUCAUUAUUAUUCUUAAUUAUGAACACACUGGUUUGUACAGUUUUACUGUUUAUGGCAUGUUGUUAUUCUCCUCGUUAUUUAGCUAUAGCAGCUAAUGAUCCAGAAGUCUCACCCAAAGGCUUACUUCUGCUUUGAAGAAAAACGUGGAUAUCAUGGUCCGAUUUGUCUGUAAGCAUUUUUUGGCAUCUUUGUAUAGUCUCACCUUUUUUUA